AUGUAUGAUAUGAAUGAGGCAAGAUGGACACUCAACAAGGCCGUCAAGUACGAGUCAUGCCUCGACUUUGUAACCAAGACAAACUCAGAGACAUCCAAGUCUUUGAGCAGGCUACUAUUCCUCCGUGGUUUCCCUUCCGCCGAGUGGCUGGGCGUCAUUGGUGCUAGAUACAGAAUUGAUUCGGAAUUCUUUAUGCGCUUCCUGCACUUCAAGCCUGCUAGAGACACCACACCCAAUUAUUCUCUGCCCGCUCUACCGGCUGCAACGUGGAAUAUUCUCGAGUUUCUUAUCGUCACCAUAGGAGAAAGAAAGGUCCUACCAGGACUCGUCGAUCAAUCUACAAUAAAUACCAUGCGGAAAGAAGCAGGACUGCAACUCCAGGUACAUCAUGAUCUCCUCCGCGGAAACGAUGGGGUCGCAGUGGCUUCUUCUGUUGUGCGAGACAUCUCGAUUAUUGACCACAGUUGCUUCGCCCUCGAGCAAUGCAUCUGGAUAUGCCUGCAACCUCUCUUGAUAAAAGACUCUGACGGCGGUCGAUGGACACUUGUUGUAUGGACAGACGCAGGUCGUACAACAAGCGUCAAGUCUAUCCUGGAUCUCAACGUCCUUCCCAAAGAAUUCCAAACCGAGGCGAUAUCCCUCUUGCCUGUCAUAGACUACAAGCCUAGUACAGCUCUCGCUGCGCAGAGAUAUACUUCCCUUGGCCAUGUGUAUCCUAUCAAAGGGGCAGAAGCGGCAUCGCAGCUGUGUGACGGAUAUGGUCGAACUCUGCAUGAGGAUGUCAUGGCAUCAGACCCGCUCUAUGCUCUGACCGAAGUGUUCAACGUUACCACGGCUUCCGUAAACCAAUUUCUCAAUCUCAUCGAACACAAAUUAUCCGGAUUCACUGAUGACGAGCACUACGACGAUUUUGACAUGCUCUCCAACCUGAGAUACAGCAAAGAUGUAUUGUAUCGACAGCAAAGACAACUUGAACAGGUCAGUGCCUGGCCGAAGCUUCAUCAGCUUCUUGGUGGAAUUGGCUGGCGCACUACUAGCACGGAAGACCCCAAAGCAUCUCAGGCGGCGAAGUCUAUCCUUCAGCGAUAUGAAUAUCUGCAGACACGUGUACAAAAGUUGCAGGCGCAAUGUCAGGAUGCCAUCUCGAAUCUUAUGAACAAUAUCAACUUGAAGGAGGUCAGGAAUUCAUACGAGCAAUCCAAGCGGAUCGGCAAACUCACCUUCCUGGCCUUCCUGUUUGCACCACUUUCCUUCACUACAUCCUUCUUCGCCAUGAACAUAGGCCUGCAGAACCUCACGCUUAAGACCUGGCUAGCUGUGACGAUUGGACUGUUGAGCAUAACGUUCUUCCUCGUGGUUGUAAACUUCUCGGGCUGGAUCAAGCUUCUGCAAAACAAAAUGCACCAUGCAACGAAGAAAGCACGAUAUCUUUGA